CCCACGCAGCCCACCCGGUCAGCGCUGGAAAUACUUGGCUGCUAGGACAAUGACAGGUGCCAUGCUUGCCCUGCCCGACGCUAGCUUUGCCCCCACAAUGCCUUUUACAGAAAUUCCAAGGACCCAGAGGGAUGGAGACAAGUUUUCCCAGAGACAGGCUCGUCCUCUGGCGCCAUCUGCAGACCGCAUGCGGAACUCCAUCCGCCGUGAAGAAGCCUUUGCCCGCAGCUUUAGGCCUGGAAUACUCGGGGUGGAUCUUAGGGCUCUGUCUGUGUGCAGGGGUCCUGGAAGGCGGCUGCCUCCCGCGCUGAUCUCAUCCCCAGGAUCUGAGUAAGAGAGCUACGGACUCUGAGGGGCGGUCGCAGAGGGAACAGGUUCUCAAACAGUAAGCUGUUUUCUCAAGUCCCUGGCAAAGCACUUCUGAUCAUCAGUUUGGUGAUGCCUAACCACGGAGCCCUCCAUCAGAACAGUGAGUUCUGCACAUGGUUCCGGCGCAUCCUAGGAACUGGGGGUGCCAGCCCGGGCCUCUUAACUCCUGGUUGGUGGAGUCUUAAGUGCAUUAGCCUCUCGGCGGAGUUGGCUCGUUUGCGGGAGGCGCUGAGUGCCAGUGGGCCCCCACCGCUGAGCUGGCUGCUGCCUGCUUUGGGCCCUUUGGGCCCUGGAAGCCCGCGUAGGGCGCGGCGCCCACUCCCGCGGGUUCUGGGCCGGGGCCUCUGCCCGCUCUAGGCGGGUCUGCCCGGAGGCCUUUUCCACCCCGUAGAGGCUGGGGGCCACGAACUCGCGCACGGGGCACCAGGCCCGCGGGCCGCCGCGGAGUCCAAGCCCCGGGAGGGCGCGAGGCCACCCGCUCCUCCCACUCCGGCCCCGUCUCGCCCCGCUCCUCGCGCGACGACAGCGACGCGGACUGGCCGGGGUGUCGGAGGGAAGUGGCUGCUGCGGAACGCGGAUGUGGCCGCGACCCGAGGGCGAGGAGCGGGCGGCUGGACGGGACCGAGCAACGGCAGGAGGAGCUGGCGGGCGAACGCCUCCCGGCAGCCGCCCGCGCGACGAGGUCCACACCCAGCCUUUCCCGCCGUCCCACCUGGCCGGACGAGGCCAAUCGGCUUCCGAGGAAGGCAAGGCGCUGUCCAAUGAGGGAAGACAGCCUCCGUAGCCCCGCCUCCCACCGGCCGGAGGCUGUGUCCCGAGCGCGGACGUCUAGCUGGAGGGAAGUUCCCGAGAGUUCGCUGAGCGCCAUCCCCGCGGCUCCUGCGCGUGCCCGUGCUCCGUGGGCAGCGUGUCUGCUUCUUCUGGAGGAUAAAUUCAGUCCCUGUUACUCCAUUUGCCCAGAAAUCCAAUCCAGUAGCAGAAGUGAGUUAUACUCUAUUGCAACUCAUCAUGAAUUCCAUGAAGCCGGAAGAGAACAAGUCACUCAGUGCUCCAGAGAAUGACCAGAGUACCAGAACUGAAGUUUCAAAGGAUACUGUCACGAAGAGGACAUGUUCCGGCACACCUGUUGAUCAUUCUCAAUCUGAUGUAAGAGAAUGUAGCAGCACUGUUGCACUUAGAAGUGAAGUCAUUAAGCAUGAGGCAUCCCUUGAAAUUCAGCACCCAAAUUUGAGCACCAAUGAAAUAUAUGAUUUUACUUUUAGUUUUCAUGGAAGGUUCAAGAAGACAGACCAUAGUAAGUUUACAGCAUAUGGUAAACUCAAUGACAGUAUCUACUCAGCUCUGAAAGCUAAUGACAGUUUCAAUGAAAAGGUGAAGAAGCAUCUUAAUAAGAGCAUUAUUGUUUUUGAAAAAGAAAACAUACAAGGAUAUAUAAAUUUAGGAAUGCCUCUCAAGUGCCUACCCACAGAGUCCCAUUUAAAAAUAACAUUUGGUUGUAAUCAGGAAGGUGGUCAGAUAUUACGCCAAUAUGAGAAUCCAAACAUCAAAUGCAUUCUUUUCCACAUUGUUGCUCUUGGGAAGAACACAAAGACGAUUCUUAAGAUCAAGGAACUUCAUGAAAAAGGAGCUACACUGUGUAUCUAUGCCUUGAAGGGUGAGACUAUCAAAGAAGCUCUCAUCAAGGAUGGCCGAUUCCGGUCUGAUCUAGAUGAAUUGGAAUGGAAACUAGUGGAACAGCACAGGAAUAUUUACGAAAAACAGACCAUAGUGGAUGUAGUAUCUGGAAAACUGUUAGAAGUGGACAUUCCCCUCAAGAAAGUCAGGAAAGGUACCCAUAAAGAAAUUAAACAGGAGAAUGAAAAUGCCACUGAUGAAAUCAGUCCCCAGGAUCUGUUAGAGUCUCAGGUGGAGGUCCACAAACGAGAAGAAGAUGGGGAGACUGAAGGUGUCGAAGACAACAGAGAAGAAACUCUCCCAUCUCAAAGUCUAGGGCAUGAUAUUGAAGGUAAAAGACAAAGGACAAAAUCCAGACUUAGGCACUAUUAUAAUAGUUUGAACAGACAUUGUAGGGGAAAAAACACACGAGUUAGACAAAGGGUCCGUCUGGGCAUGCCAUAUCCUGUUAAACGAGCUAUCCAGAAGGAGGCGACUGAUCUCUGGCUAAAGAAUUUCCAAAUAUUGGAUGAAGCUAUAAUGCCUCAAUAUCCAAAUUUUAAAAAAGACGCACAGUGGAUAAAAAAUUAUUUUCAGGAACAACAGAAGAGAAAAAAACUACCACCAUAUAAACAAUUCAACAUAUAUAAAAAAUACUUAGGGAAAGUGACUGAAAAUUCGACUUCAGUUGCAACCUGUGAACAUCUUGUUGAUCUUAGUAAGUCAGUUGGAUUCAUGGUAUGGGACAAUAAUGGAAACACAGGCACUGCAACUUGCUUUGUCUUCAGGGAUAAUUAUAUCUUCACCUGUAGACAUGUUGUACAUCUUUUGGUGGGAAAUGACACAGAUUCAAGUUGCUGGCCAAAUAUAAUAAGCAAAUGUGCAAAGGUAACUUUUUCCUACAAAGAAUUCUGCCCAGUUGGUGUUGACUGGUUUUCCUUUGAGCCGUGGCUUGAAGUGUCUGAUGAAACUCUAGAUUAUGCCAUAUUAAAGUUAAGAGAAAAUGGAAACGGAUUUCCUGCAGGCCUGUUUGGACAAAUGUCCUCUCCACCAUCUAAUGGGUUGAUUUAUUUAAUUGGUCACCCAGAAAGCCAGGUCAAAAAAAUAGAUGGUUGUGCUGUCAUUCCUCUAAAUCAACGUUUAGGGAGGUACUCAGAGCUUCUCCAAAAUGAGGUGGCAGGACCUCAUGCUGCCACCUAUAAUGCUUGCCCUAUGUUUACCCAAAAAAGUUUCCUAUCAGAGGCUUGGUGCACAGACGCAGUUAGUUAUGAUACUUAUUUUUCUAGUGGGUCCUCUGGCUCUCCAGUGUUUGAUGCUUCUGGCAAAUUGGUUGCUGUGCAUACCUUCGGGCAUUUUUAUAAACGUGCAGGUAUAGUUCAUGCCCUUAUUGAAUUUGGUUAUUCUAUGGAUGCAAUUCUUUCUGAUAUUGAACAAAAAAAGGAGAGCUUGUACAACUUAUUAACUGAAAAGAAAAAUGAGAACCACAAUGAAGACAGAAAUAAACAGUUGUCACUUAAAGAUCAUCGGAUUGAACCCAUGGAACAUUAGAAAAAAGAAGCUGCUUUCAAGAAAAUAUGCCGAUAACGUAGAGUAUUUGGGGCUGUUUCCUUUAAUUAUAAUGAAUAUUCCUUCUUAAUUAGAAAACUUAGAGAAUCAUGUGGAUGUGUAAAACACAUAUUAGAGCUCAAAUAAAUAUAUUUUUUUUCUCAUUGGCUUUUUGCUCAUUUG